UUGAAAUAAUUAUUAAUUCCAACUUUCAGCUAUAGGUAACCAUAGCUACUAGAGUUCUAGAGGCCCUGCCCAUGCCAAUAAUUCAGGAACUUACUUUUUAACCAAUGACCUUCCGGCAUUCAACAACCAAUAUGGCCGCGAACAGAUCAUCAAUACGUUUGGAUCAUUAUCUCCUUAAAUGUUCUCGUACAAGUUAAAUGUGUGGAAAUCGCUGUUUAGAAAAAAAAUGGCGAAAUGUGUUGCUCAGAAGGUGAAAUGUAGAGGCACGCGGAUGCGGAAAAUCAAGGUAAUGGAUCUACGAAAAUAUAUGUACGAACCGAUAAAGACAAUGUAAUCAUUUGAAUUACUCGACGAAACAUAAUUCCAACAUUCUGUAUUUGGGAUUACAAUUAAGUUAUUGCCAGACAAAAACACAUUUUCAUUCAAAUACGAAGAAUCCUUAGGAUCUCCAGAUAUUUCAAUUUGAUUUAUGGAUUAGUAUAUGUUCAAACAAUUCCAACACUAGAUACAUUUAUGGUCCGUGCUUUGUUGUGUUUAAAAAUAGGUUAUAUGAAUGUUUUCUUGCUUAACGAAAUGGAUCCCGACGAAGUUGAGUUUUUUGGAGAAAAGUCGCAAAUAUCUAUAGUGCCGUCGUUUAACAGCGCUACCAUCCAUUUAAUUUCCGGUGAUGUGGGUCCUUUCAGAGCCGGCAUUCCGACGACGGUGCCUUUGUGGUUGGCGGUUAAUUUAAAAAGGCAACAGCAGUGCAAAAUUCAGUCACCAGAUUGGAUGAGGUUAGAAGAAUUGGAACGAAUUAAAAAUGAUGAAAAAGAAUCAAGAACAUUUACGAGUAUGCCAGAAAAUUACAUAGUUGAAGCCAAGUUGAUAUUGGGAUGUGCAUCGGACGAUAUUCCCAAAGCCGAUGAAGUUCGGACAAUGAUCAAAGAUAUAUGGGAUAUUCGAACUUCAAAACUGAGGUCGUCUGUAGAUAGCUUGAUCAAGAAAACCACUAUGUAUGCAGCAGUAGAUAAUAUUACAAUUAUGGAAAUCAAUUCUAUUAGACCCAUUUUGCCACAUGCAUUAGAUCAAAUUUAUAGAAUAAUAAAUAGUAAGAAAGGUGUAGAGAGGCGAACACAAGGCACUACAUUGUCACAUUCAAGAACGGCAGGUUCCUUUUCUAGCUGAGUUGUUUUUAAUAAGUUUGUGAAUAUAUCUUUGUUGUACUUUUGACUAGCUGGGUUAAACACAAUUUAUCACUUUUGGGUUUCAGUUUCAAUUUAACUUUGAGUGGGUUAGUUAAUAAAAGAAGAUAUUGGUAUUGUUGUAGUUGAUAUAGGCAUGAUAUUUUUUCUAAUAAAUAAUUGUAAGU